CCGCUUGUCCGUUCGUCCCUAGAAGCACGUCGCUGUAUUGGCUUCGUGCAGGUAACGGUGGAGAAGAAAUGGCAUCAGCUCUGUCUCGAGCCCUCAAACUGCCCGGAAAGAAGGGCUCAGAGCUGGGUGAGUAUGACCCUCUGACCCAAGCAGACAGUGAAGACGAGAGUGAGGAAGAUGACCUUGUGCUCAGCUAUCCCCGGAACGGCCUGGGUCGGGACAGCUGUCUCGGCCCUGGCAGCAGCAGGUCUGGCAGAUUUGUCGGGGCAGUAGAUGAAAUGCUGGAUGAAGAGGAUGAUGAUGAUGACUGGAGAGAGCAUGUUCCAAGCCUGGAGGGAGACGACCUGAAGGACAUGCAGUACCGAGACCAGAGGCGGGGGUCUGGGUCUCUUGUCGGGGUACACGCCACAGACACUGAUGCCAAGAAGAUGAGAAUGAAAGAUAUUGUUCGUAUAGCUGCUUUCCUUGUGCCACUGGUGUGUGCUACACUCCUGGUGCUGCUCUGUGCAUUUCUGAUUCCGUGUCAGAAAGGAAAACUUCGGCCGCAGUGGGAGAGAGCAUUUGGAGCAGGAGGUAUCACUCCCCCUGCCCUGGCAUUGUGGGAUGUGAGCGAUGAUUCUGUAGAGGAUGUUUUAUUGGGAGUAACUGAAUCGCCCACGUUAGGAAAUAAAGUUUACAGUGCUGUGGCCCUAUCUGCUGUAAGUGGGCAGAUUAUAUGGAAGAAACCCAUGCGUGAGAGGGUGAUGUACAUCCAAUGUGGACUGCAGAUCAGUGCUCAGAAGUCACAAGUCUGUCUCCUCAUCAGCAAAUCCAUUUUAAUGGCAGUUAAUGGAACAACAGGGAUGAGUCUGUGGUCGGUGCAGCUCAAGAGCAUUGAAUCUCAGGUUGUUUUACUACCAGAUCUUCAGGGAGAUUCGAUCCCAGAUCUGCUAAUAUCCACCCUACCUGCAGAUACUACUAUGGAUCUGUCUUUCACAUUAAUUUCUGGACAGACAGGGGCAAAACUUGGACGUUCAGUACCUUUUAACAUAUCUGGCCAAGGAAAGCUGAUUGGUCCACUGCUGCAUAAAACCCAAGAGGCAUAUUACAUCUUAUUUGGAUUAGGUAACAUCAAAGCUAUAUCGCUAUGUGACCUAUACAUUCAUGCUACUGGUAAAAUGCCUUCAAACCAAGAGCUCAGAAAGAAGGAUCCAGGAUGGGAGGGACUCAAGGCCAGAACCAAUUCCUCCACUUUGAUACACAUUUUUGGAGGAGCAGAAGAUGUUACGUUCCUGUAUCCCCAUGUGGUUGGUUAUGAUAGUAACCACAACAACCUAGACACACUCUCCAACCAGAACAGCACCAAAAGUGACUGGGUUCUCGUGUAUGGCUCCAGUAAACUGUCAGUGCUCAGGCAGAAGGAUCUAAGGAAAGACUGGACCUUCACUUCGCCUCUUAUUCAUAGCCAACCGACCUCUGGGCAUUUCAAUGAUGAUGGAGUCCUGGACAUUUUUCUCCAACAUUCAGCAAAUGGGGUCAUGAAGGUUCAGAUCAUUGAUGGAGCAAGUGGCCGUCUCCUGUGGUCGGCAGAGUUUGCAUGUCCUCGUCUGGAUUUGGGCUCUACUACGAUGUCCACCUCAUCGGGCCAAUCUGCUUUCCUCUUCUGGGCCAGUGAACCCAUCAGACCACAGAAGAAUGUUACCAAGACAACAGUCCCGCCUGGUGUUGCUGCAGGAGAACCUCUUAUUAGAAAACUGUUUCUCCUGCACCCUACGUAUCCCACUGUCGUUUUGGAGCUGAACAGCACCACUGACACUGCAGUAACUUCAGCAGUGACAUUUGAUGAGGUCCAGGAAGAUGCCUCCUACAUUACAGUGUCUUCCCAACCUACUCCUGGAUCCAGGCCCAUUGCUUGUGUGGUGAAAAUCAUGAGCCUCAAAGCUGCAAUCAUCAAAGCAAAAAUGGUCAGACUAAAUGAAAACAAAACACAAGAAAGCUCUGUCAAACCAAGUGCAUUUGAGGUUAAUACUUUUUUCAGACGCCUGUCUUUUAAGCACUGAAAGAAAAAAAAAUGUGAUGGGAAUCUUUGGGAUGCUUUGUAGCAGCUAUAAUAGCCUGUUGUGUUCAACUUGAUUCUUCAGAUAAUUGCACUAAAGAUGAACUAAUUUUUAAGUUGUUUACAUUUACUUGCAUCGUUAUUAUUUUAUAUUAUUGAGUUGUAGUAAGCUAUGUCAUAUAGAAUUUGUUUUUCAAUAUAAUGUUAUUAUCUAAUGUGUUGUAUACAUUUUUUUGUGUUCACUGAUUGUGACAUAUUGACUGGAUGGCAACAAAUGGUACAAUUUGAUGAAGCACAAAAAUGAACUCAGUCACUGAUCGAAAUGGUCAGCAAGAUGUAUGUGAUUGACUACUGCACAGAAAGCUGACUGUACACCACUAGAUAAUUGUAAAUGUGUAAAUAUGUACAGUAUUUAUUUGUUUACGUUAAACAUCUUAAUCUAAAUUGCAGAUUAUCAUUUUCGUUUUGUUAGGAUUAUCAUUAAUCUGUAAUCAGAAUGUGGCUGCUAAAUGUGCUGGAACUCAUCUCUUUGCUGAUACAUUUUGUACUAUAUUUCAACUUAAUUUAUUAAA